GCCGUGGAAAAAUCGCUACAUGAAUGAAAGAGUGAAAAUCGAGUCCACAUCUGUCAAAUUUGGGAGUGUUUUUACUUGUGUUUCUACAGAAAUUAAGUUCCUUGCGGAAUAAAACGCCAAGAUUAUCAACACUUUGUCGGUUCGGAUAGCCCUGAUGUUCUCAUAUUUGUUGUGCAACGCGUGACAACGUACCACAGAGUGUUUCGGAUGUGUUUCAUAGCGUGUAAGCUCUAGCCUUUUUGGUUGACGAAAGAAGGGCAACAAAAGGGUUCGUGGAGCAUCUACUGAAGUCCGCUAGAGGUUUAGUUUCUACAAGAUUGCCCAGGAAGAGCCUCGAUGCCGCAACCGAAUCUGGACAGCGAAGGCAAUAAGAAAAUGACAAUGAACGACGAUGGGAACGGAAUGACGAUGACAGGCAAUUCCGCCUCAACAAUCACGACCAAUAAUAACUCACUUUUGGCAAAUACAGCAACAGCGACAACAACAAAUGGAACUAACGGAGGAGGCGGUGCAGUACCUGGAGUAAACAAUAAUGGAAGUAAACUUAACAAUCUUGACAAACGCACGUCGAGUAAUAGUAGUAACAAUGGUUCCAAUUCUCGAUUCAUCAUUCCGAAAUCGAACGAAAUUGAAACAUUGCCCCAGCUGAAAGACGCUCCGCCUAGCGAAAGAGAGGAGUUAUUUGUACACAAACUUCGUCAGUGUGGCGUUCUGUUUGACUUCUCCGAGCCGUUGAAUGACCUGAAGUAUAAGGAAAUCAAGCGCUGCGCUUUGCAAGAAAUGGUCGAAUACCUUAGCAGUCAGCAGCAAAUCAUCACAGAGCCAAUAUAUCCGGAGGCCGUUCAGAUGUUUGCUGUUAAUCUAUUCCGUACGCUGCCACCGUCAUCUAAUCCCAAUGGAGCGGAAUUCGAUCCGGAAGAGGAUGAACCUACUCUGGAAGCCAGUUGGCCACACUUGCAGUUUGUGUACGAGCUUUUCCUGAGGUUUCUCGAAUCACCGGACUUCCAGCCGAGCGUUGCCAAACGCUAUAUUGAUCAUGGUUUUAUCCUAAACCUGCUGGAACUGUUUGAUUCGGAAGAUCCGCGUGAGCGUGAUUUCCUGAAAACGGUUCUUCAUCGGGUGUAUGGCAAAUUUCUCGGGUUGCGAGCCUUCAUCAGGAAACAGAUUAACAAUAUUUUUUACAAAUUUAUCUACGAAACGGAACACCACAAUGGAAUUGCUGAACUCUUGGAGAUUUUGGGCAGUAUUAUCAAUGGUUUCGCUCUUCCGCUUAAGGAGGAACACAAACACUUCUUACUCAAGGUGUUGCUCCCGCUGCACAAGGUCAAGAGUCUGUCGGUCUACCAUCCGCAGUUAGCGUAUUGUGUCGUUCAGUUUUUGGAGAAGGAUCCGAGUUUGACUCAGCCAGUGAUCAAGUGUUUGCUAAAAUUCUGGCCCAAAACGCAUAGUCCCAAAGAGGUGAUGUUUUUGAACGAACUUGAGGAAAUUCUGGACGUGAUCGAACCUGCAGAGUUCCAGAAAGUGAUGGACCCUUUGUUCCGUCAGAUAGCGAAGUGCGUCUCGAGUCCACACUUCCAGGUCGCGGAAAGAGCGCUAUACUAUUGGAACAAUGAAUAUAUUAUGUCCUUGAUAUCGGAGAACUCGAAAGUUAUUUUGCCGAUAAUGUUCCCGGCGUUACACGAGAAUUCCAAGUCACACUGGAAUAAAACUAUUCAUGGUUUAAUUUAUAAUGCCAUCAAGUUGUUUAUGGAGAUGAACCAGAAGCUGUUUGACGAGUGUCAUCGGAAAUACAAGGCCGAACAGCAAUACGAACCGGAGAAAUUGACCCGCCGAGAGGAGAUCUGGCAGCAGGUGGAGAAUCUAGCCCGGCAACAUCCGACAUAUGACCAAUUUGCUCCGAUGGACGUUGAUAGAGUAGCUACGGGCGAGUCAACACGUGCCGGAUCUGAGUCCGGAGAUGAGGAUUCGGUCCUAACGAGAACCUACAGUAGAGUACCGGUGGUCCAACAAAAAUCAUAAAAUGGGGAAUUUUUCUGUACUAUUUCUGUUUUUAAACAAGUACCUUCUGAAAACACGAAAGCUUGAUUUGGCGAACGACACAACGUUCAAUGAAA